AUGGCAAAAGAGUUCUCAAUUCGAGAACGCACAAUCUUAUGCGGUGAUGCCGCUCACACCCAUAGCAGCGUUGCCGCGCAAGGCCUCAACACCGCUGUCCACGACGCCGUAAACCUAGGUUGGAAGCUCGCAUUGCAAACCCGGGGGAUAACAAAGCCGGAGAUCCUCCAAACCUACAACGAGGAGCGCAAGCUUGCUCCUAAGUGGUAUGAAGGGGAUCCUACCGCUGACCCUUAUGUUAUACUUGGAGAGAUCUCUGAAAAGGCUGGAUCAUUCAACAUCGGGUUGGAAUUUCCUAUCCCAUAA